CCCAUCUAGAACGCGACAAGGUCGCGCGACUGUUCAGUUGAGCAGAUGAUUGGCGACGCACGCAGAGAGCGCAGGAAGGCGAUACAAACAUGUCUAGGCUCUGGGAGUCCGGCCCAGGCCAGCCCGGAGGAAGGGAGGAGGCUCGGCCAGGUCCGGCCGAAAGCCUGGGGGGGGGGGGAACCCCGCGCCGCGCCUCGCGGGCGCGCGGCCCGCGGCGCGAAGCCGGUCGGCCUGGGGCAGCGGGGGCCGGUCUCGACAGGCCGAGAGGUUGGCGCCUCGCCCUCGGCGGAAGCCGGCGGAGGGCUGGCGGCAGCUGAGCAAAGCAGAAGGGCGGGCAGGUCUGCGCCAGAUCGGACCGAGGAGGAGGAGGAGGAUAAGGAGGAGGAGGAGCCCCGCUGUUCGCCCGCGGGGCGCGGCGGCUCGUCAGGGGCGCGGCGCGCCGCGCCCGAGCGGCGGCCUCGCGGCCUCAGCCCCAGCCUUCGGGCAUGGAGGCCUCGCCGACCUGCGCGCGCGCCCACCGCCGUCGCCGCCGCCGUCGCCGCCGCCGCUGCCUCCUCCUCCUCUUCGUCUUCUUCUUCGUAUUAGUA